UAAUCCAUUUAACACCAUUGCCGUAUUUUUUCUACCGUAAACUAGCCGUUGGGAUGAGAAGGGAUUUAAAUUCGAGUAGUAUCAACCAACGGUCAAAAAGUUUUUUCAAAUCUCUUCUUUCCUCAAACGGUCGUCCCUCUUCCUUGCUUUCCUCGCCGCUCGCUAAAAGAAACCCUUUAAAAGAACCUCGCGCUCCAAUUCUCUCUCUCUCGCUUCUCUGUACUGGUAAUUUGUAUUGUCAAGAAGAAGAAGAGGAGAACGAUUCAAAGGAUCAGUUUCUUCCUCUUCUUCUCUGUCGACAUCUGAGAAAAAUCUCUCUGUCUUUUUUUUUUCUGGUUCCUCUCGGAAUCAGAACCAUCGCAGCUCUGAAACUAAAAGUUUAGCGAAGAUGACAAGGAGAGAGAGCCAUGAUAACAUCACAGGAGGCGCCGCUGCCGCAGCUGUUGCUUCUCCGCCUCCAUUUCCGGCGAGCAAGCAACCUCAGCCUGUGGCCAGGGGAACUGAAGGCCAAUCUGUUCUGAAGAGGCUGCAAUCUGAACUUAUGGCUCUAAUGAUGCGUGGUGAUCCCGGCAUAUCAGCAUUUCCUGAAGGAGAUAACAUCUUCUGCUGGAAAGGAACAAUCAAUGGAGGAAAAGAUACAGUUUAUGAAGGAAUGACAUUCAAACUCUCCCUUUCCUUUUCUACUGAUUACCCUUUCAAGCCUCCUAAGGUGAAGUUUGAGAAUCCAUGUUUCCAUCCAAAUGUAGAUCUCUCUGGCAACAUUUGCUUGGAUAUCCUUCAGGACAAAUGGUCAUCAGCAUAUGAUGUUAGAACAAUUCUGCUCUCAAUUCAGAGUCUCUUGGGAGAGCCUAACAAUGAGUCACCUCUCAACACCCAGGCUGCUGCACUUUGGGCUAAUCAAGAAGAGUUCAAAAAAAUGGUAGAGAAGCUCUACAGACCUGCUUGAUUUUUUUGGGCUCUUUGAUGGAUGGGGCGAAGAUCUGCUAACCUGCUUAAGCAUAAAUAACCGUCUGAUUUUUUCUUUUAAAGUGAAUUGAAAGAACAUUUGUUUUGCAUUGAAUUGAAAGCAUUCAUGUUCCGUCUGAUUUUUUUUUCUUAAAUGAAUUGAAAGAACAUUUGUUUUGCAUGUGUAGUAUAGGCUUAGGACAUUUUAAAUGAAAUUUCAACUCUUCUUCUGAUAUCUUUCUCAAGCCUUGAAUUGAUUA